AUGGGGAAGGGAUAUAAUGCUCGUAUUGCUUCAAACCCGUAUAUUGUAGGUUCUUUCGCAUGCAUCGGCGGUGGCCUUUUCGGUCUGGACAUCUCGUCGAUGUCUGGGGUACUGAGUAACGAUUCAUACAAGAGCACAUUCUCUAAUCCUGGAUCUAAUGCUCAAGGUGCAAUCGUGGCAUCCAUGCCUGCUGGCUCUUUUUUGGGUGCACUGCUAGUCACCCAACUUGCGGACCGUUAUGGGCGCAAGAACACCGUCAUCCUUUCUGGUUUGGUAUGGAUCAUUGGGUCUAUUCUACAAUGUGCAUCUGUCAACCGAGGAAUGCUUGUAGUGGGCCGUAUUAUUUCUGGCAUCUCUGUGGGUAUUGCCAGUGCUGUGGUCCCCAUCUAUCAAUCAGAGAUUACGGAACCCCGCAUUCGUGGGCGUCUUGUCUCCCUCCAGCAAUGGUCCAUAACUUGGGGUAUCCUUAUCCAAUACUUCGUGCAAUUCGGCUGCUCCUACAUCAACGGUGUCGCGUCGUUCCGCAUUCCAUGGGGUCUCCAGAUGAUUCCAGCCAUAGUUCUAUGUGUGGGCAUGCUUGUUUUCCCCGAAAGUCCUCGGUGGUUGUUCGAUCAUAACAGAGAACAGGAAGCUUUGACAGUUCUCGCCGAUUUGCAUGGUGGUGGUGACCCCAACAAUGAGCUUGUUAUGCUAGAGUACGAAGAAAUUAAGCAGCAGGUUCUCUUUGAGAGAACCGAGGGCGCUAAAUCAUACCUUGAUCUGCUUAAACCGGGCAUGCCUCGGCGUGUUGGUCUUGGAAUGGCUCUCCAAAUGUGGUCUCAACUUACCGGCAUGAACGUCAUGAUGUACUAUAUCGUCUAUGUCUUCGAAGGCGCUGGUAUCACUGGUCGUCGCGGAAAUCUCAUCUCAGCGUCUGUUCAAUACGUUCUCAAUGUGGCCCUCACUGUCCCGGCCAUCAUAUAUAUUGACAAGUGGGGCCGCCGCCCAAUGCUUCUCUUCGGAACAUUGUUCAUGGGCUUCUUCCUCUUCCUCGUCGGCGGUCUGCAGGGACAUUUUGGUCAUUGGGGUGUAGUUGAUGGUGACCGUGUCUGGGUCAUUGAAAACCAUAGUUCGGUCACUAAUGGAGUAAUUGUAUGCUCUUACUUCUUUGUGUGCAGCUUUGCUAUCACAAUGGGUCCUGUUUCAUGGACUUAUCCCGCUGAACUGUUUCCGCUCAAAGUGCGCGCCAAGGCCGUUUCUCUCGCCACGGCGACUAACUGGGCAUUCAAUUUCGCUCUUGCCUGGGCCGUACCUCCGGGUCUGAGCAAUAUCGCGUGGAAGACAUAUUUCAUCUUCGGAACGUUCAACUUUGCCGCGUUCAUACAUAUCUUCUUUAUGUACCCGGAGACUGUUGGUCGUUCGCUUGAAGAAGUCGAGGAAAUCUUCGAACAAGGACACACAUUCGCUGCUUGGAAGAUCAAGAAAGAUGUCGGGAAAAAGACACUGGCGGAGGUGGUGGAAAAGGGGAAAGAAAUCGAGGCAAAGAAGCAUUCUGUGGACAUCAAGGCCUCGGCUUAA